AAUAAUAAUAAUAAUAAUAAUAAUAAUAAUAAUAAUAAUAAUAAUAAUAAUAAUAAUAAUAAUAAUAAUAAUAAUAAUAAUAAUAAUAAUAAUAAUAAUAAUAAUAAUAAUAAUAAUAAUAAUAAUAAUAAUAAUAAUAAUAAUGAUAAUAAUAAUAAUAAUAAUAAUAAUAAUAAUGAUAAUAAUAAUAAUAAUAAUAAUAAUAAUAAUAAUAAUAAUAAUAAUAAUGAUAAUAAUAAUAAUAAUAAUAAUAAUAAUAAUAAUAAU